GGAGGGAGCUGCGGGGUGGUCAGCUGAUCCUGCCGGCAUAUUUGAACUGGUGGAAGUGGUUGGCAAUGGGACUUAUGGGCAGGUCUACAAGGGCCGCCAUGUCAAGACAGGGCAGUUGGCUGCCAUCAAAGUCAUGGAUGUCACCGAGGAUGAAGAAGAGGAGAUUAAGCAGGAGAUCAACAUGCUGAAGAAAUACUCCCACCAUCGCAACAUCGCGACCUACUAUGGGGCAUUUGUUAAGAAGAGCCCCCCUGGGAACGAUGACCAGCUCUGGCUUGUGAUGGAGUUCUGUGGUGCCGGCUCUGUGACGGAUCUGGUGAAGAACACCAAGGGCAACGCCCUGAAGGAAGACUGCAUUGCCUACAUCUGCCGAGAGAUCCUCCGGGGACUGGCUCAUCUCCACGCGCACAAAGUGAUCCACCGAGACAUCAAGGGGCAGAAUGUGCUUCUCACUGAAAACGCUGAGGUGAAGCUGGUUGACUUUGGAGUCAGUGCCCAGCUAGACCGCACGGUGGGGCGUCGGAACACGUUCAUCGGUACACCUUACUGGAUGGCGCCAGAGGUGAUCGCCUGCGACGAAAACCCCGAUGCCACUUACGACUACCGAAGCGACAUCUGGUCCCUGGGGAUCACUGCCAUCGGGAUGGCGGAAGGAGCUCCACCCCUGUGUGACAUGCAUCCCAUGCGUGCUCUCUUUCUGAUCCCUCGCAAUCCGCCACCCAAGCUGAAGUCCAAGAAAUGGUCCAAGAAGUUCAUCGACUUCAUCGACAACUGCCUGAUCAAAGCCUACCCCAGCCGCCCCCCCACCGAGCAGCUGCUCAAGUUCCCUUUCAUCAGAGACCAGCCCACCGAGCGGCAGGUCCGCAUCCAGCUCAAGGACCACAUUGACCGCACCCGCAAGAAGAGGGGGGAGAAAGAUGAGACGGAGUACGAAUACAGCGGCAGCGAAGAAGAGGACGAUGGGCGUGGCGAGGAAGGAGAGCCCAGCUCCAUCAUGAACGUCCCCGGUGAGUCCACGCUGCGGAGGGAGUUCCUUCGGCUGCAGCAGGAGAACAAGAGCAACUCCGAAGCCUUGAAGCUGCAGCAGCAGCUGGCGGCCCAGCACCGUGACUCCGAGGCCCACAUCAAGCACCUGCUGCACCAGCGCCAGCGGCGCAUCGAAGAGCAGAAGGAGGAGAGGCGGCGAGUCGAGGAGCAGCAGCGCCGAGAGCGAGAACAGCGGAAGCUGCAGGGGAAGGAGCACCAGCGGCGCCUGGAGGACUUGCAAGUGAUGCGCCGGGAAGAGGAGCGUCGGCAGGCGGAGCGGGAGCAGGAGUAUAUCAGGCACAAGCUAGAGGAAGAGCAGAGGCAGCUGGAGAUCCUCCAGCAGCAGCUUCUGCAGGAACAAGCCCUGCUGCUGGAGUACAAGCGGAAGCAGUUGGAGGAGCAGCGGCAGUCCGAGCGCCUGCAGCGGCAGCUCCAGCAGGAGCAUGCCUACCUGAAGUCCCUGCAGCAACAGCAGCAACAGCAGCAGCAGCAGCAGCAGCAACAGGAGAAGAAGCCGCUCUACCACUACAACCGCAGCAGCGCCACUGACAAGCCCGCCUGGGCCCGUGAGGUGGAGGAGCGGAGCUGCGUGAACAAGGAGAACUCACCCUCGCUAGCAGCCAAGGCCAAGCUGGUGGGCCCCGGGCAAGAUGCUGCCCCACAGUCCUGCGCCGAGUCGGGGUCCCUCGCCACCUCCUCGCAAACGCCCCCCAUGCAGCGCCCUGUUGAGCCCCAGGAGGGGCAGCACAAGAGCCACCUCGCCCAUCGCGUCCCGCUCAAACCAUACGCUGCCCCCGUCCCUCGCUCCCAGUCGCUGCAGGACCAGCCCAGCAAGAACACGGUUGCCUUCCCCGUCCAUGACUCCGCCUCUGCCUCCUCCGCCCCGCCCCCUCCUCGAGCGGGCAUGAUCCGGCAGAACUCUGACCCCACUUCUGAGGGGCCCAUCCCACAGCCAUCCCGGCCCACCGCUGAGCAGCGAGGACCUUGGGUCAAAAUGGACCCCGAUGCCCCCCCCCAGGUGCCCCAGCGGACAUCCUCCAUAGCAACCUCCCUCAAUACCAGUGGAGUGACGGGCGGCAGCGGCCCGCGGCCCGUCCAUGCUGUCCGAGCCAGACCCCGUAGCAAGUCUGCGUGGCACAUCCACGUGCAGAGCCAGCUGGAGAAGGGGCCCCGGGGGGGGGAUCCUUUGCCAGCCCCUCCUCUCCCCCCGCCUGCAGGCCGGACCCCAUCCCGGCACCCGCUGCCUUGCGUGCCAAACACCAGUAGCAACCCCGACCUCCGGAGGAGUGACCCUGGCUGGGAGCGGGCAGACAACUUGCUGCAGUCGGGGGCUGCCAGCCUGCCCCAGGCGGGUUCUCUGGAGCGCAACCGUGUAGGAGUCUCUCCUGCAGCUCCCCUGAAGCUGGAGAGCUCCCCAGUCUUGUCUCAAGGAAGGAAGGUCAAGGCAGACGACCAUCGCUCGCGGCCAGGGCGGCCAGCAAGCUAUAAGCGGGCAAUUGGUGAGAAUUUUGUCCUGCUCAAGGAGCGCCCGGAGGAGGCGGCCCCCAAGCCGCUGAAGAAGGCCCUGGACUACUCUUCCUCCAGCGAAGAGAUUGACUCCAGCGAGGAGGAGGACGAGGAGGAGGAGGAGGAAGCCGGCGAGGGAGAGCGCUCUGAGCCUGGCGCGAACACCCCUGGGGCUAGGGACGGGGACACGGACUCGGUCAGCACCAUGGUGGUGCACGACGUGGAAGACUUGACGGGGGGCGGCAGCGGUGGCUCAGAGAGCUCCUACGGCGAGGGCACCAUGCUGGUACAGCGGACUCCCGAAGAGGAGCGUGGCCUCCUGCACAGCGACAGCAACGGCUACACCAACUUGCCUGAUGUGGUUCAGCCCAGCCACUCGCCCACAGAAGCCAAAAGCAGCAAUGGUUCUUCCUCACCGGCCAAGGACGUGGCCACUGAUUACCAAUCCCGGGGGCUUGUCAAGGCUCCUGGCAAAAGCUCCUUCACCAUGUUUGUGGAUCUGGGCAUCUAUCAAAGCUCCCCUGGGGGAGGAGACACCAUCCCCAUAACUGCAUUCGACCCUGGGCGGUUGGAGCAGCUGCAGCUGGAGGCCCGGAAGGGCUCCGUGGUCAACGUAAACCCCACCAACACGCGGCCCCACAGCGAUACGCCAGAGAUCCGCAAGUACAAGAAGCGCUUCAACUCCGAGAUCCUCUGUGCGGCCCUUUGGGGAGUCAACUUGCUGGUGGGCACUGAGAACGGGCUGAUGCUCCUGGACCGCAGCGGGCAGGGCAAAGUCUACAGCCUCAUCAACCGCCGCCGCUUCCAGCAGAUGGACGUCUUGGAGGGCCUCAACCUCCUGACCACCAUCUCAGGAAAGAGGAACAAGCUGCGGGUCUAUUACCUCUCCUGGCUGCGGAACAAGAUUUUGCACAACGACCCGGAAGUGGAGAAGAAGCAAGGCUGGACUACUGUGGGAGACAUGGAGGGCUGCAUUCACUAUCGCGUGGUGAAGUAUGAGCGGAUCAAGUUUUUGGUGAUUGCACUCAAGAGCUCGGUGGAAGUCUAUGCCUGGGCACCGAAGCCCUACCACAAGUUCAUGGCCUUCAAGUCCUUCGCUGACCUGCCUCAUCGGCCGCUGCUGGUGGAGUUGACAGUAGAGGAAGGCCAGCGGCUCAAGGUUAUCUAUGGGUCAUGUGCCGGUUUCCACGCCAUUGAUGUGGACUCAGGAAACAACUAUGACAUCUACAUCCCAGUCCAUGUGAGUGGGGAGGGGUAUCUUUGGAACCUGGGCCCCACUGUUGCCCUGCCCCUGUCAGCGACCCUGUUGCUCCUUCUUGGUUCACAGAUCCAGUCUCAGAUCACCCCGCAUGCCAUCGUCUUUUUACCCAACACAGAUGGGAUGGAGAUGCUUCUCUGCUAUGAGGAUGAGGGUGUCUAUGUCAACACCUACGGGCGCAUCAUCAAGGAUGUUGUCUUGCAGUGGGGGGAGAUGCCCACCUCUGUCGCAUACAUCUGCUCCAAUCAGAUCAUGGGCUGGGGCGAAAAAGCCAUUGAAAUCCGCUCAGUGGAGACGGGGCAUCUGGACGGCGUCUUCAUGCACAAGCGGGCCCAGCGGCUGAAGUUCCUGUGUGAACGGAACGACAAGGUGUUCUUUGCCUCGGUGCGCUCAGGCGGCAGCAGCCAAGUCUACUUCAUGACGCUGAACAGGAACUGCAUCAUGAACUGGUGAAGGGGGCACUCGUCCUGCACCGGCCAGAGGAGCACCCUGCCCAGCUCCAGCCGGGAGUCGCCAGGAGGGAAGCCGGGUGGGCUGCCCCAGUGGCCCUUGGGGAGGGCGAGGCUUGUGGGGGGAGGAGCCCCCUCCUGACUGAGC